AUGGAUAUCUCUGUGCUGUGGCUAUACCUGCUCCUCGUGUCCGUCCUGCUCCUCUUCCUGGUGCCCACUGCCGAGUCCACGCUGCUCUUCUGGGCCUGUUUAUACCGACUGGAGAUCUGUCCCUUUAAGACCACCACUACUGGUACUGGCUAG